AUGGAUCAAGCCUUCUCAGACAGAUGGAACCAAUUCUCACCACUGAAUGGCAGUGAAGAGGCCUUUCCUGCCAAUUAUGACAGGAACAACUUGUUCCCAGGCUUGCUGACCCUCAUUGUUGCCCUGUGUGGGCUGGCAGGAAACGUGGUUGUGCUCUGGCUUCUGGGCUUCUGCCUUCAGAGAAACCUCUCCUCCACCUACGUCCUCAACCUGGCUGGGGCCGACUUCCUCUUCCUCUCCCACCUGAUUAUACCUACCCUGAUGGAACUCAUUGACUACUUCCACACCACCUUCAUCCCCAUCCCUGAUUUCUUUGAAACUGCUAUGCUGUUCGCCUACAUCACAGGCCUGAGCAUUCUCAGCACCAUGAAUACUGAAUGCUGCCUGUCUGUCCUGUGCCCCAUCUGGUACCGCUGCUGCCGCCCUAGGUACAUGUCAACUGUCAUAUGUGCCCUGCUCUGGACCUUGUCCCUGCUGCUAACCAUCCUAGAAAUGAUAUAUUGUGUAUUGUUGCCUAUGAACUCUGAGGGUAGCUGGUGUUAAAUAUUUGAUUUCUUCUUUGUUGCAUGGUUGAUUUUCUUGUUCGUGGCUCUCUCUGUGUCUAGCCUGGCUCUGUUGGUAAAGAUGUGCUUUGGCUCCCAGAGGAAGAAGCUGACCAGGCCUUAUAUGUCCAUCAUGCUCACGGCAUUGGUCUUCCUCCUUUGUGGACUGCCCUUUGGCAUUCAUUGGUUCCUAUUAUUCGGGAUUCAGAGUGAUUUUGAUAUGCUACCUUCUUCUUGGUUUCUGCUUUUCUCCUGUGUUAACAGUAGUCCCAAACCCAUCAUUUACUUCUUUGUUGGUUUCCUUAGGCACAGGCAGCAGCAGCUACGGUUGCAGUUGACCCUCAGGAGAGUUGUCCAGAUGGCACUUCAGGACAUUCCUGAGGUGGAUGAACCUAGAGGAAGCCUUACGCAGAGCAGUGCGGUAUAG